AUGGAGGAUUUUGUAUUGGACGAGCUACUGGACUUCCUACAAGCCUCUGAUGAGUUGACUCUACCAGCAGCUUUAAUGUUAGACAACGAAAAGUCAGAAUUCGAAAGUAUAGACAUGGCACCUAUACCAAACUCUCCAGCUCUCGCUUAUAUCGCACCAGCUCCCUCUCGUGUUAGUCAGACUGAAGUGCGAACACAAAGGUCAAAGGAUGCUAUUCGUCGCAGUGAAUAUCGCAAGCGUCAAAAGGCUGAAAAAGAAGCUUUGCGUCAAGAAAUUAAUGAUCUGUCGGCCAAGUUAGACAAGCUACAAAAUUCAUCGGGGGAAGAGAUAUCAUCCCCAACUACUGAUGCUGCAUUGUCUACGUGCUUGUGGCGAGCUAUUGCUUGUCGGCAAAACGAACACCGACGAGCUGCAGAAGACGAACAGUCUUAUCUUCGUGCUGCUAUUACGUCUCGUGCCAAAUUAAUUGAAGAUCUCCGUGGCUUUCUGCAAAAGCGUGCUUAUGAAGGUACAAUCGCGAAUGGGGACUUCGGAGACGCUCCCCCACUUCAAAAGCGCAUGCGUCUUGAAGCAACCGAUUCGGCAUUAUUUGAGACCUUUUUGCAAGAGCUGAAUACGGUGUAUUUACAAACAGACUACGCUGUGAGUAUGUGUGAGUUGGCCGCAGGAAGUGACAUGCCGUUGAUAACAAAACACAAAGAUGGAGCAAUUGAAUCAUACCAACAUGCUGAGCGUCAACUGAUGCCGUUUAAAUUUGAACCAGCCAGUCGUUUUAUAUGGCAGAUGGCGCAAUUGAAGCAUCGACAAGAAGAUCGAGAAAUUUACGAAGGUGUCGAGGACCCCGAGAAUACAAUGGCGAUUAAAUUCCGCAUUACAAGUCGUCAAAUGGGCGAAGCAGUGUCACUCCUUCAACGUGUAGUCAUACGUCGGUAUCAGGAGAAAAAUCGAGUUGUGGCCGUGUGGAGAGUCUUUACCGAAGGUGAAGGACUGUUUCGAGGGAUGCAUUCCGACGAAACAGGGUGGGGAGUGCUUCGACCAUCGACUACCGAAGCAGGUAUAUGCACCGGAACGAUUUUUGAUAUAUAUUACCGACAAGUGCCCAUGCACUUUAGUCAUUCUUUGACUUGUACCCCUGUUGUCAAUGAAUUCACUAAAUUGGUGAUUAACAUCGGCGAAGAGGAAAAUCAAAUUGUGCAGCAGGGUCUUGAAAACAUGCUUCUUGAUGACGAGUUAGAACAGGAAGCUAAGAAGAAUUCAUAA